ACCGUUGGAUAUGUUGACCGAGCUAAGCACGUGAAAUGACUUGACCCUACCCAGCAUCUGAAGCUCUUGCCGGAUAACAAAGCUCUCGCUCGCUCGCUCUGAAACCCUAGAAGGGCUUCAGUCAUCCGUGAUAUCCUCUGUUCGUCAUUUCAACAAUUGCGAUUUCAAGUAGGCUAUAGUUGUAAGUAUUGCUACGGUUGAACUGUGCAUGCCAGGUGUGUUAACUUUCUCCACAAUUCGGCUUACAUGGAUAAGGAAUCUACUGACUCAUCUUCACCUCCUGUUAAAGCUCCUGAGGUACCUCCUGUUGCCACAGACUCUAAAUCGGACAGUUCUUCCCAUGACGAACCAUCUAAACUAUCAUCAUGGACCAAGAGUUUGAAAUUGCCUCAGCCAUUGGUGGGGACUCAAGAUGGGUCGCCAACUGAAAAUUCUGGGAAAUCAACCUUUUCACGCUUUACGAGUGGAUUAGGACUCCGCUUGUCUCCCAAAUCUCCUCCAGCUGACAUUUCUGAUGGAUCUUCAACUGAGACACAGCCUGGUUUAUUUGGAACAAUAACAAAAGGGUUAGUCGAUUCUUCAAGGAGCGCAGUGAAGGCUGUACAGGUUAAGGCUCGCCAUGUUGUCUCUCAAAAUAAAAGAAGGUACCAGGAAGGGGGUUUCGAUUUGGAUAUGACAUAUAUCACUGAAAAUAUUAUUGCUAUGGGCUUUCCUGCUGGUGAUAUGAGCUCUGGAUUUUUUGGAUAUGUUGAGGGUUUCUACAGAAAUCACAUGGAAGAAGUCAUUAAGUUUUUUGAAACUCAUCACAAGGGCAAGUACAAAGUAUACAAUCUUUGUUCUGAGAGGUUAUAUGAUGCAUCAUUGUUUGAAGGAAAGGUGGCUAGCUUCCCAUUUGAUGAUCAUAAUAGCCCCCCAAUUCAGCUGAUAACAUUAUUUUGUCUAAGUGCUUAUUCUUGGUUGAAAGAAGAUAUUGAGAAUGUAGUGGUAGUGCAUUGUAAGGCAGGAAUGGCUCGGACAGGGUUGAUGAUUUCUAGUCUUCUUCUAUAUCUGAAGUUUUUUCCGACUGCUGAGGAGUCUAUGGAUUACUAUAACCAGAAAAGAUGUUUUGAUGGAAAAGGGCUGGUUCUUCCAAGUCAGAUUAGAUAUGUCAAAUACUUUGAACGUGUUUUAACAUACUUCAAUGGAGAAAUUCCACCUGUACGCAGGUGCAUGCUUAGGGGUUUCCGGCUUCAUAGAUGCCCUUAUUGGAUCAGGCCCUCUAUAACAGUUUCUGAUCAUAAUGGUGUUCUCUUCUCCUCAAAAAAGCAUCCACGAACCAAAGAUUUAUCGCCAGAAGAUUAUUGGUUUAGUGCUCCAAAGAAGGGGGUGAUGGUCUUUGCUCUGCCUGGGGAACCUGGUCUAACCGAAUUGACUGGUGAUUUCAAAAUCCACUUUCAUGACCGCCAAGGAGAUUUCUACUGCUGGUUGAACACAACAAUGACAGAAAAUAGAAAAAUUUUAGGUACUGCUGACCUUGAUGGUUUUGACAAGAGAAAACUGCCUUCCCCAGGAUUUCAGGUUGAGGUUGUUAUAGUAGAUUAUAAUGGGACUGUUGCAACGACCCCUAAGGCUGAAUCUACCGCAAAGACACCAGAUGAAAGCUCCCAAUCUAGUCCUGCGGCUGCAACUGGUGACGGGGUUGCCCCUACUCCAAACUCAAAGCCAACCAAAGACUCUGGAAAUCAAGAUGAUGUGUUUUCAGACAGCGAGGCUGAGGAAACGGGCUCUUCAAAAAGUCAGCAAGCAGAAACAGCUUCCGCAGCCAGUGGAAAUGUGGUCACUACUACCACCUCCACUUCUGAAAACAAGUCCAAACCCGAUCAGAUCACUAGUUUGACUAAAGCUACUGAACAAAUCUCUAUAGGAAAUGUGGGUUCAACCCAGGUUCGUGCUACAAGUGAGCAAAACCCUGAUGUUGCUGGAGCAAGUGUGCCCAGAAUUGAAAAUCCCAACUCGGAAAGUGAGUUCAAGGCAAUGGCUGCUGAUGCCUCUGUUUUUACAUUUGGGGAUGAGGAUGAUUACGAAAGUGAGUAAUCCAGAAGUGAAAUUUGGGAAAAUCCAUCUGUACAUAUAUAGACUACGUUCAAUCCGUUCCUUCAAUUUGUAAUUUCAAGGUUCUGGUAAUUAGAUUUGGUUAAAACGAAAAGAUCAUUUGAAUGUGCAAAAUAAGUCUGGGAAUUUGUGACUGAAUUUCGUGGAAUUCAUUUUAAUGAUUCCGAGGAAAAAAAGAAGAAAAGAAGAAACACUGUAUUUUAUUAGUCUUUUUAUAUUAUCUAAUCAUGUUCUAUA